AUUAAAAAUGAAACGAGGCACGCAAAAUCAAUAAAACAUCAAGCGUCAACAUGAAAGGAAACUCUAGCUGAGAGAAUAUAGUGUUGUGCCCGCAUCAUCUGACCCCCCUAGUCACACAUAUUACAAGAUUACGACAGACGAGGUAUAUGAUGCACAGAGGUUGAUCAAUAUAAAGCAGAAGUCUCAUGUCCUUCAAAUGUUACUUGAACACUAACAAAUCAUACUCUCCGUAACAAAAUGAAAUUUCUGAACCCAAUCACGUUUUUUACUUUGAUGCUUCCCACAACUGUAAUGGGCGCAGGGAUUCUCUUGUUAGAGUCCUUGGCUCUGAAAGUGUUAAAGCUUGAAGUGAACGGUGAAAGGAUAGAAGCAAGUAUUACCGGAACAUUUUUUAACAUGUUUGAAUCCAAGGCAGAGUAUGAGGGGAAAUACGUAGGGUACAAAGAUGGAGUACUUGUCAUGACAGACAGCAACGAAGAUGUAUUGCAUUUCGUUUUCAACGAAGAAAGAGAUGCAUUCGACUUGGAGUACCAACCAGGGGAAUUGUUUGAAAUUGCGAACAAUAAUUUGAUCUACCCGCUGGGAGGGUACGAAGAUGGUGAAACAUUCAGAAUCGUUUAUAUCGGAGAAUAGAUCAGAAUGAAUACGGAAUCUUUGACCAGA